GCGAUGCGAAAAUCAGACAGGUCAACUGUCUCAGGUUACUUUCUCGCUGGACGUUGGAUGACGUGGUUGCCGGUUGGCGCUUCUGUCUUUGCGAGCAAUAUUGGGUCUGAGCACUUUAUCGGCUUGGCAGGAUCUGGAGCUUCAAGUGGUAUCAGUGUGGCCGCUUUUGAGAUUAAUGCGUUGUUGAUUCUUCAACUCUGUGGUUGGGUGUUUCUUCCUGUGUUCAUUGCAUCAAAGGUGAACACUUUGCCUGGCUACAUUUCAAAGAGGUUCGGAGGAACCCGCAUUCAGACAUACCUUGCCGUCCUGUCUAUGCUCCUCUACAUUUUCACCAAGAUAUCGGUGAACCUCUUUUCGGGAGCAAUUUUUAUUCAGCAAACCAUAGGAUGGAACCUCUACCUGAGCAUUGUCAUUUUGCUGGCCGUCACCUCAAUUUGCACGAUCACCGGUGGGCUGACUGCCGUGAUGUUCACAGAAACUGCCCAGGCGCUCAUAAUGAUCCUAGGCGCAGGAACUGUUUCAGUGAUGGGACUCAUUGAAAUAGGCGGCUUUGGAAAUCUGUACUCGAAGUACAUGCAGGCAGUGCCUAGCAAGGUGCCGCCGAACAUGACGCAGUGUGCACAGCCAAAGAAUGACUCCUUUCUCAUGUUGCGCUCACUCUCCGACCACGACCUGCCCUGGCUGGGCUUCCUCAUGGGCCAGACGCCGGCGUCCAUCUGGUACUGGUGUGCCGACCAGAUGAUGGUACAAAGGCUGCUGGCAGCCAAAUCACUCUCGCACGCCCAAGGGGGCGCCCUGCUGGCUGGCUACCUGAAGGUUUUGCCGCUUUUUCUCAUCGUCAUUCCCGGAAUGAUCAGCCGCAUUCUCUACACCGAAGAGGUGGCCUGCGUCGACCCUGAAGUCUGUAUGGCCUACUGUAACAGUCUCUCCUGCACGAACACCGCCUACCCUCGACUGGUGCUCGGCCUGAUGCCCUCACCACUCAAGGGUCUACUCAUGUCAGUCAUGCUGGCGGCGCUGAUGAGCGAUCUGAGCUCCAUUUUCAACAGUUCGAGCACACUCUUCACCUGUGAUGUUUGGCCGAGGUUUCGAAAGCGCGCUUCACAAGUGGAGUUGAUGAUCGUUGGCAGAGCAUUUGUGCUGGUUAUGAUUGCCAUUAGCAUCGCCUGGGUCCCAAUCAUCCAGGAGAUGCAAAACGGCCAGCUGUACCUGUACAUUCAGGAUGCUGCAUCAAACCUGGCACCGCCAAUAGCAGCCGUCUACAUAAUGGCAGUGAUCUUUAAGCGAGUCAACGAGCCUGGAGCGUUCUGGUCAUUGAUGAUUGGUCUUCUCAUCGGCCUUACUCGAAUGAUUGUGACGCUGUUCUACAUGGAGCCCUCCUGUGGACAGGAAGACCUGCGACCAGCUGUCGUCAAAAUUCACUACAUGUACUUUGCCAUUUUCCUGUUCUGGGUAACAGUGGCCAUUUGUAUAGUCAUUAGUCUGUUCACGGAAGCACCAAAAGACUAUCUACUGGUGCGAACUACCUACUGGACCAGAUUUGAUGACUCCAUUCGAGUUGAUGAAACGGAAGAAGAGGAGAAAAAGAAGAAGGAGACCAAUGGAACGACAGGAGUGAAUGGCAAUCACAUUGAGGGCCUGUCCAUUGAGCCUGAGCUGAAGAAGCCUCAGCACUCACUGUUGCGUCGAUUCGCCACCUGGUUCUGCGGCAUCAAGAGCACUGCCUCUGAGUCGGCUGAUGAUGAUGACAAGGCAGCCACUAGCCACGAAACUCUGGCAAACAUAUCCUCCAUUGAGCAGAACCCCAAG